CUGAAUUACUCACAUGUUGAAGCAGACAGAGUUUGUUAUUAUUCGACAAUAUAAAAAAUAUAUUAGAAAAAGUGAUUAAUUUAAAUAUUUAUGUGUUUCAGUUAGUCAACAAACAACGUUAGUAUGAGAUUCACUUCUGCACGGAAAUUAAAAUCUCUUGCUACAGUUGCUUUAGGCGGAUAUAUCAGCUUUUCCGCUCUAACUUACUACAGAGAUAGAAAUGCAUUUUAUAAAGAUAUGGUUAUGCCUGUUGUUCAUUUGCUAGAUCCCGAAAAAGCGCACAACUUAGCUGUAUUCAUAAGUCAGUAUAGAUUGCUUCCUAAAUCCAAUUAUGAUGAUCCACCAUCUUUAAAUGUAGUUAUUUUUCAAAAAGAAUUCACUAAUCCUGUAGGUAUAGCAGCUGGAUUUGAUAAAGAUGCGAAAGCUGUGCUGGGACUUAAAGAUAUUGGAUUUGGAUUUGUUGAAAUAGGCUCAGUGACUCCCAAUCCUCAGCCGGGCAAUGAGAAACCACGGGUUUUUAGACUUCCAGAAGAUUCUGCAGUUAUCAACAGAUACGGUUUUAAUAGUGAAGGUCAUGAUACUGUUCUACAAAGGAUUCAACUUAUAAGAAGUAGCAAGGAAAAUGUGAUCAUAGGUGUAAACUUAGGUAAAAAUAAAACAUCAGAUGAUGCAGUAGGUGACUACGUAAAAGGAAUUGAAAAAUUUGGACCUUUUUGUGAUUAUUUGGUAAUAAAUAUUAGUAGUCCUAACACACCAGGACUUAGAAGCAUGCAAAAUAAAGACGUGUUAAAAGCACUUUUAAGCUCAACUAUAGCCGCUAGAAACAAUUUAAAAAUGGACAAUAGACCACCUUUGUUGCUAAAAUUAGCACCUGAUUUAAACACAGAAGAGAAAAAAGAUAUAGCUGAGGUGCUUAAACAAACAGGUUGUAGGGUAGAUGGACUUAUAAUUAGUAACACAACAAUAGAUAGACCGGAUUAUUUGCUAUCCACAAAUAAGAAAGAGACAGGUGGAUUGAGUGGAAAACCCUUAAAGGAAAAGUCUACCGAAAUGAUUAAAGAAAUGAAAAGAUUGACUAACUUGCCUAUUAUUGGUGUAGGAGGUAUUUGUACUGGUGCAGAUGCUUACGAAAAAAUUAAAGCUGGUGCAAAUUUGGUUCAAAUUUACACGUCUAUGGUAUACGAAGGGCCUGAGAUUGUAAAUCAAAUCAAAAAAGACUUAGAAAAGUUAGUUAAUGCAGAUGGGUUUAAUAACAUUACAGAGGCCGUUGGCAAAUCUGUUUAAUUCCUAGGUAGAUAAAUUGAGUCGCAUUUUUCAAUUAUUUUGAAGUUGCACAUGAUACUUUUGAUUUUUUGUGGAGCACUUUUCAGUUAUUUUGUGCAGAUAUUCAUAGAAGUCAUAAAACACGUGAAAAUAUGUCUUUUUACAUAAAUAACUUAAUAACCUUUACAUUUAAGUGUAUAAUUUAAAAACGAUUUAAAAUGGGCUGUGCUUUAUAAAUGUAUUUACUGAUGGAAAUGUUUUGUUUGUUGAGUCUUGUUUUAAUUUUUUGAAAAAUGUCAA